AUUGGCGUGGAGCCGGCGUCACUGCAGACUGACGACGUUACGCCUGGUCUUUGCCGAACGAAACCCAGCUGCGUUUCGGCGUUUCCUACCGAAUCAGCCGUAGUUGGCGGUCUACGGGUUUCAGGCGAUGGCCGUCCUCUGCCGGAACAUUGGCCGACUGACGAACUUAGUGGAAUCAAAAGCUGUUCCAUCAACAUGGCCUGGAUUCAUACGAUUGAAGUUUACAAAAACUCGUAUUCCAGCAAAGAUGUUUGAAGUGGAACCAGCAGAUCAUGAAAAAUAUAAUGGUGAUCCAGACCAGCCACACCAACUGCACAUUAUUACCAGAAUAAGAUGUACAAAACGGCGUCCAUAUUGGGAAAAGAAAAUUGUUCAUGACCUUGGAUUGGAUAAGUCAAAUCAGCCACGGAUCCAUAAGAAUGUUCCAUCAGUUAAUAAUAAACUGAAAGUCAUCAAGCACCUUAUCAGAGUGCAACCUCUGAAACUACCACAAGGACUACCAACAGAGCAGGAGCUCGCUGACACUUACCUGAAGAGCACUGGGGAAUUGAUAAUAAGACGACACCUUCAACCAUUGAAGCAAAAAAGUCAUGAAUCUUAAGUUGCUGAUUGUCCUUAACUUGUACAUGAAAUAAAUUUUAGAUGGUUUCUAAAGA